AUGAUCUUCUCCCGCACGUUCACCGCUCUCGUUCUUGUCGCGCUCUCUGUGCACGUUUCAGCUUUGCCAAUGCCCGCUAACUUGGGCAUCGUCGCAAAGAAGGUUGGGUCUAUCUCCACAAGGGAUAGCACUACGUCUGUGAUCACAGACCCUAUCUCUGGCGUGGUCAAAACGGUUGAGGGCAUUGCCGCUCCUGUUGUCUCUACUGUCGAGGGCGCUGUGGCUCCUAUUGUAGAUGCCCUCCUUCGCCGUCAACUUGAUGGUGUCACCAACACACUUGGCAAUGUCGUGAAGACCGUUGAGGGUGUUGCACAACCCAUUGUGAGCACUGUGGAGGGUGUCGUAGGUGGCGUUGUUGGUGGCGUUUUGCGCCGUGACGGCCCACUUCCCACCGUCGUUGGUGGUGCCGUGAACACUGUCGAACAACUGGCUGGUCCCGUUGUGAGCACCGUCGAGGGCGCUGUCGCACCCGUCGUCGGUGGGCUCCGCCGUGAUGCGGUCACUGACACUAUUGGUGGUGUUGUCAGCACUGUCGAUGGAAUUGCGACACCGGUUGUAUCGACCGUUGAAAGUGUGGUCGGGGGUAUCCUCCGCCGCGACGUAGUCACUGACAUUGUCGGUGAUGUCGUUAGCACUGCCGAUGGCAUUACUUCGCCAAUCGUGAACCCCGUCGUAUCGACCGUUGAUGGCGUUGCAGAUGGUCUCCUUUCUCGCGAUGCCAUCACCGAUACCAUUGGCGGCGUUGUUUCGACUGUUGAGGGUAUCGCUACACCUAUUAUUGAGCCCGUUGUCUCCACCGUUGAGGGUGUUGCCAGUGGUCUUCUGCGCCGUGGCGCUCUCACUGAUACAGUCGGCGGGGUUGUCUCCACUGUCGAGGGCGUCGCAGCGCCUGUCGUUGCUCCGGUUGUUUCAACUGUCGAGGGCGUCGCUGGUGGACUCCUCUAG